AUGACAAUCGAUUCUGUUCCAUCUACAUUCCAAGGUUUUGGUGUCGACAAAAAGGAAAACUGGAAUAAACCAAAAUUAGUCACUUAUACCCAUAAGCAAAUCAACCCCCAUGACGUUGUUCUCAAAAACGAAGCCUGUGGUCUUUGUUAUUCUGAUAUCCAUACUUUACAAUCCAACUGGGGUCCAUACAGAAGAAACGAUUUAGUCGUAGGACAUGAAAUCGUCGGUACUGUUAUUGCCAUUGGUGAAAAAGUCACUGAAUUCAAAAUCGGUCAACGAGUAGGUAUUGGUGCUGGUAAUUCCGCCUGUCGUGAUUGUAAUAGAUGUACUCAUGACAAUGAACAAUAUUGUAAGAAAUUAUGUGGGACCUAUAAUAGUCCAGAUCCAAGAUCUGAAGAUUAUGUUACUCAAGGUGGAUACUCUUCUCAUUCCAUUGCUGAUGAACAAUUCGUAUUCCCAAUCCCAGAAGCUCUUUCUUCUGCCCAUGCUGCUCCUUUGAUGUGUGCUGGUAUAACUGUCUUUUCACCCUUGAUCCGUAAUUUAUCCAAAAAUGCUAGAGGUAAGACUGUUGGUAUUAUUGGUAUUGGUGGUCUUGGUCAUUUAGCUGUUCAAUUCGCUAAUGCAUUAGGUGCCAAGGUUGUUGCUUUCUCACGUACUUCAACUAAGAAAGAACAAGCACAUAAAUUAGGUGCCCAUGAAUUCGUCGCCACUGCAGAAGAUUCUGAAUGGACUACAAGAUACGAUGAUGCUUUUGAUUUUAUCUUAAAUUGUGCUUCUGGUGUUGAUGGUCUUAAUUUAUCUGAUUAUUUAAGUGUUUUGAAAGUCGAAUCUAAAUUCGUCUCUGUGGGUUUACCACCAGCUAAGGAACAAUUUGGAGUUUCUCCAUUCACAUUCUUGAAGAAUGGGGUUGCCUUUGGAUCUUCAUUAUUAGGUUCAAAAUCUGAAGUUGUUCAUAUGUUAGAAUUAGCCGCUGCUCAUGAUAUUAAACCAUGGAUUGAAGAAGUUCCAAUUGGUGAAGAAAAUUGUUCUAGGGCCUUGGAUAGAUGUCAUAAGGGUGAUGUUAGAUAUAGGUUUGUCUUUACUGAAUUUGAUAAAGCAUUCAAUUAA